AUGACACAUGUCGUUAAAUCAAAAUCGAGGUCGAAGAAAUACAAAUCAUCAUCUUCAGAUGAGGACAGCAUAGAGAAUCUCCUCUACUACAAGGAUUGUCAGAGGCAGGGUAAGACGGAGACCACACCAAAACCAGAGCAACUGCAAUAUGAACCAAGACCACCAACGCCACCGCCACCACCGCCACCUCCCAGGCAGUCAGACUGUCCUUUCCCGAAGAUGUGCUGCGCCUUAACCUGCGGUAACGAAUGCGGUGGAAACAACCCAUCACCAGGUUACAUGAGACAGACGGAACACAUCAACCACAUGCAGCCCAUGCCCAUGCCCAUGCAACCAUUACCACCAAUGGGGCAACUACCUCAUCAGCCAGGGAUGGGUAUGCAACAGCAAAUGAUACAAAGAAGAAAGAAGAAGGUCAAGCUUCCGCCAAACAAGAUACCAAUACCACCGCAGACAAGAAGAGACUUCUCUGCAGGGUUCACCAAAGAGAAGAUAAAAGGUUUGAUCGCACAGGAUAAUGAUAUCAGGAAGAUACUAAAGGAUUUGGUUAGGGUCACCAUGCAGAAGGUGGAUCUGCUAGACAUGAUCAACUCGAAUAAUAAACGGGACGAUGAGGACGUCACAGAAAUUACGUCACCAACUCCGGAGUUUAAUUUAGAUGAGUAUGAUGAAUGA